AUGACACCCGGCCAUAGAGGUACCUGCAUUCUUGUUAGACAAAACUUAGUUUAUAACAUUUUAGAUCUGUCAGCCUAUAAUGAAGCCUCGGUGGAAAUGCAAGGCAUAGAGAUCUUUGCCAAAAACGAAAAAUAUACUAUUAUAAACAUUUACCGUCAUCCUAAUUGCGACACUCCCAUGCAAUUCUUCGAGGAUCUGUUGAGUUACAUCGUCAUUAAGGGCAAUUGCAUCAUCAUGGGCGACUUGAAUGCGCAUCAUAAACAUUGGGGAUGCCAUUCCACGGAUCGCGUCGGCAAACGCAUUCUCGAGGCUUGUGAGGACUCACGUAGCUGUAUCCUAGGAGAUCAUAAACCUACACUUCUCCUUCCUCCCAGCUCAGGACCUUCAGUCAUCGAUUUGAUCAUCGCCACACCGAGCAUCGCUCCUUUAUGUAAUACGCACACCGAAGAUGACACUUGGGGCAGCGAUCACUUUCCUAUCUCCGUUACUUUGGGCAUUAAUCCAACUAUUCGUCGACGCUAUAUUUACAAGAUCAAACUCAAUCCUCGCGAACUUCUCAAUUUCAGUAGCAGUAUGGAUAAAUCAUAUGCAUCCUUUGCUAAUAAUCUUCCUCAAAAUCCUUGUGAGGCAUACUCGAGUUUAAUCAAACAUAUAGUCGACACAGCUCUCUCUUGUUCCUCUACCACCAAGAAAUCUAAAGCGAGUUCAACCUUGAUCAGAAGUGACAGAGCCGCCCCUCCAUGGUGGUCGAACAAGUGCCAAGAGGCUAUAGAAGCUCGUCGAGCGGCUGCUAGAGAGUGGCGAAGUAACCCAACAAUUUUAAACUUCCUUACAUUUAAAAGAGAAAGAUCCAAAUGCUCCAAAACACUCUAUAAGGAAAAAAGGAAAAGUUGGAGAGAAUUUGUGGGUACUUUCAAUGCAAAAACUCCUUCUUCCAAACUCUGGUCGUUAGUUAAAGCAUUCAAACGUCGCAAUCUAUCAAUGUCACGCGAAAACAUGGAACUCUUCAAGGAGAGGCAGUUGACCAGUGAGGCAAUUCAAAAAUUAUGCCCCCCUUCAUGUCUACAUAACAUUACAACGAGUCUCAGCGAUAUGAAAAAGGAGGAUGAACAAUCGGAAAAUAUAUUGAAUGAGCUCGACACCCCAAUCACCACGGAACAUCUUGAUAUGGCAAUCUCUCUAGCCAAUAACAAUUCCGCCCCAGGAUUGGAUAGAAUCAGCAACAAUAUGCUUGAUUACCUUCCGUCUGAAUACAGAGAGAUACUAGUCGAUCUUUUCAACAGUUUUCUUCAAGAGGGAGUCAUCCCCACCGAAUGGAGAUCUUCUUUAGUAAUUUUCAUACCCAAAGCCGGCGCUUUCGAGAACAUUAUGCCCUCAGCUGUGCUUGACAAAAUGAAAGAUGCUGGAGUUCCGGCUACCAUUAGAAAAUUUAUAGAAAAUCUAAUCGUCGAGAGAUCGGUGCAGUUCUUGGAACAAGAUAAUUUGGGCGAGAAACGGACAUCGUACAAAGGUACCCCGCAGGGCUCAGUGCUGAGCCCCUUGCUUUUCAAUAUCGCCCUCUGCAAGAUUGGAUCCUACUCCCGCAGCGUACUACAAGCCAUCUCGUCUCACAGAUUGAUUAACGGUAAUUAUAUUAUCCACAAAAUAAAGCAAACUCUGCUUCAAUUGGAACACAAUAACAUCGACUGUUCCCUCUUUUGGAUUCCUUCGCAUAAGGGCAUCUUAGGCAAUGAGCUGGCUGAUAAGGCAGCCAAAGAGGCGUGUGUUGACGGAGCUAGAGGUUUUUUCCGUACCCCCUACUCAGAUCUUCAGGUUCAGGCAGUAGCUAAGGCCCGUGUUCGUUUCACGGAUUAUUUGAACGACAAGGCUAUUCACACCGGAGCUCACUACCACUCGUUAUAUUUCUCGUCUACGACUGUUAAACCUUGGUAUUUCAAAAAGAAACUCACCAGGAGCGAAAUAGUAUUGAUUAACAGAUUAAGAGACACUAUACCUAGAGACCUAGAAAACAGAGAUGCGUCAUUCAAGGGUAUGGAUUGA